CUACGGAGCCGCGCAGGCUGAGGCGGAGGCAAGAUGGCGGCGCCUCAGCAGCCGCCUCAAGCGCAGCCGGCGCAGCUGACGCUCCUGCAGGCGCAGGUGGGGCCUCCCUCGGGCGGCGGCGCGGCGGCGGGAGGCGGGCACCCCGGCUCGGCGCAGGCCGCGGCCGGAGCGGCUUCUCUAACGGUCGGCCAGGCUCCCGGCGGGCUCCAGCCUCCCGCGCAGGCGCAGGACUUCGACCCGGUGCAGCGCUUUCGCCUCCUGCUGCCGCAGCUCAAGGAGAGCCUGCAGGUGAGGGGCGGGGCCAGGAGAAAGGGGCGGGGCUGCUGGACCGUUUCCCUGGAGACGGAGUUCGGGGAAGGGGCGGGGCAAAGCGGGUGGGCGGAGCCUAAGCGCUGUGCGUUUACUUAGGUGGGUUUCUAGUCCCUAAGAGCGGGAACAUUUUUUUUUAAAUGUAUUUCUUUUAUUUUGUUGGUGUAUAUAAUCUACAUUUUUUUAGAUUUGCCUUCAGAGCGUCUUUAAACCUCUUUUGUUGACCACCAGCAUCAUGCUUUCCAUUUUUAAGUUCGGAAUAGAGUAGUUGCUUUGGAAGACGAUCAUCAGGCAUCCGCCCAACAUGACCAGUCCAACGAAGUUGGUGUUGAAGAAUCAUUGCUCCAACACUCGUGAUCUUUGCUUCUUCCAGUACAGUGAUACCUUACGUUAAGUACUUAAUUCGUUACGGAGGUCCGUUCUUAACCUGAAACUGUUCUUAACCUGAAGCACCACUUUAGCUAAUGGGGCCUCCUGCUGCCGCCGCGUGAUUUCUGUUCUCAUCCUGAAGGAAAGUUCUUAACCAGAGGUACUAUUUCUGGGUUAGCGGAGUCUGUAACCUGAAGCGUAUGUAACCCGAGGUACCACUGUAGUGGUGCCCGGCCUGUGGAACUCCCUCCCACCAGAUGUCAAAGAGAAAAACAACUACCAGACUUUUAGAAGACAUCUGAAGGCAGCCCUGUUUAGGGAAGCUUUUAAUGUUUAACAGACUAUUGUACAGUGGUACCUUAGGUUAAGUACUUAAUUCGUUCCGGAGGUCUGUACUUAACCUGAAACUGUUCUUAACCUGAAGCACCACUUUAGCUAAUGGGGCCUCCCGCUGCUGCCACGCUGCUGGAGCAAGAUUUCCUUUCUCAUCCUGAAGCAAAGUUCUUAACCUGAAGCACUAUUUCUGGGUUAGCAGAGUCUGUAACCUGAAGCCUAUGUAACCUGAAGCGUAUGUAACCCGAGGUACCACUGUACACUGGUAUUAGUUUGCCUGUCUUCCCAAGUGAUGUGUCGGAUUUUUCGGAGAUACCAUUGGUGGAAUCUUAGGCUAGCCUGAGAGGGGCAGUGACUGGCCCAAGGUCAUGCCUGGUCAUCUUCAUUGCUUAGUGUGGAUUUGAGUCCAUCACACCACACUGGUUCUUCAAAUGUGGGGCAAGUAGGGCAGUGUGAAAUGCAGUGGCCCUUUUGGAAGCUGUUGUGAGCUGAUAGCCCAGCGAGGCCCUUCAAUUCUCCCUCCCAAAAGCCAACUUCCUACAUGUGCUCUGCCAAACCUAAGCUGCAGAGCAGCUAGCUGCCCACCUUUGAGAAACUGCAGCUCUAACCCCUAGGCAUCGCUCCUCUCUUGGGAACUGAGGCAAGCUCCUCCUGCCUCCCCUGCUCUGCUCUCUCUUCCACAGCCCUCCCUUCCCUUUCUGUUUCGCAAACGUGUGGUUUCGUUUUUUGCUUUGUUUUUCCCAGAAAGCCCUUUGCCGAGUCAGACUUUUUUAUUUUUAUCCCCGCAUUUUGAAACGGCUCUUGACUCUUUCCAAAAGAAUGAAGCGUCAGUCCUUGGCCCAAAUAUAUGAACUGCUGAAGCGGUAACUUUUUUCCCUCCCCUCCUUUGGUCUGUGUGGCGCGGGGGCGAAGAGAGCCAGAGUCCCGUGGUGGGGAAUGGAUGCUUCACCGCCCCCCAGGGCUCGUGUCCAAGGCUUCUGGUAAAUGAAUCAGCAUGGCAGGAUGAGCCCCCGGGCAUGGGGUGAGGGCACCUUUAUCCCUGUGUCAAUAUCCCUAGAACGAGAAACGGAACAGGCUUCGGCUUGGACCCGGAGGCGUCGGCAGGCAGGUUUCCAGGUUUGGGUGGUUUUUUGUGUGUUUUGUUUUGAUACCUUUGAGCUUGCCCUCUCGUUUCCUGACCUUGCAAGGUCCUGGAAACGAAACCGCAGCUCUCAGAAUCGCUGCUUGCUCCCAGCCAGCUAUUUCUGACUCGCUGUGGCCUUGGGGUAGAAUUUAAUGUGCCCUGGGGCUCGGUUUCUGUGGAACAUAAUCGGAAGCUGCGUAAUAAUAAAAAUAUUUCCUUUUAAAAACAUAUAUUUUUUUUAUUUGGUUUUACAAAUAUAAAUUUAUAACCAUACCAAAUACACAUUCAUAUAAAGAGAGUACAGUGGCACCUCGGGUUAAGAACUUAAUUCGUUCCGGAGGUCCGUUCUUAACCUGAAACUGUUCUGAAGCACCACUUUAGCUAAUGGGGCCACACAAUUUCUGUUCUCAUCCUGAGGCAAAGUUCUUAACCUGAGGUACUAUUUCUGGGUUAGCGGAGUCUGUAAACUGAAGCGUCUGUAACCUGAAGAUUCAGAGUGCAAUCUCGAUACUUCCCCCCAUCCCCUCCAUGGGUCCUAGCGUCAACAUUUUCAACUGCAUAUUAUUUCGUAAUCUAUAUUUUAUAUCUAUCCAUAUUGUCCACAGUAUUUGUUACAUUACAAGCGAGAUUAAAAUCCUGCUCACGUUUUCAUCUGCUUACAGUGGUCUCCUAAAUAAAUUAUGAAUCUUCCCAUUCUUUCUUGGAAGUUUUUGUCUUCUCGGUCCCUGAGCUUUCCGGUCAGUUUUGCCAUUUCCGCAUAGUCUAACAGCUUGGUUUGCCAUUCCUCUCUGGGCUUGUAGCAUCCAUGCUGCUGCUGUUGCACACCUAUAAUAAGAAGGUAUCCAAAAGGAAUAAGCAGGUGCCCAAAUGAAAAGAUUGGGGAGAACUGGCUUGGCAGCAGGGCUUGCCAAAAGGAUUGGGCAGCGGGGUAGUCUUAGUAGAUUGCACGCUUAGCAUGAACCAACUCUGUGAUGCAGCAACGAUAAAAAGGAAAUGCAAUUCUAGGCUGCAUCAGCAGAAGUCUAGUGUCCAGAUUAAUGGGUGUCUUGUUGUAUUUUAAAGUUGUGAACUGCCCUGAGCUCUGUGGAUGAAGGGCAGUAUACAGAUUAAAUAAUAAUAAAGUCAACACACUGCUCUGUUCUGCUCUUGUCAGACUCUACCCGGGAGUCCAGUGGUGCUGCUGAGAACCUGUGGCCCUCCAGAUGUUGCUCCCAUCCACCCAUGCCAUUGGCCACGCUGGGUGUUGGGGGUCCAGCCAAAAUAGCCACUCUUUGUUCCAAUAAGCACCCUCUCAGGCUGCUGUCACAGAGCCACUGAGCAGGUGGCUAGGCCCACAGCCUUAAUUCAUUCCCAAUUAACGGUUUGGUUAUCUAACCGUCUUGAUUCCCAGUGUCACAAAGCCACUGAGAAGAUGCCGGGCAAACUGCCCUUUCGAGCCCAGAUCAGGUGUUUUGUCUCGAAAACGUGCUUGUUUGCUUCAUGCUAAAACCAAAACUUCAUAUGGUACGAUGAUAUUUGCAAACCUGGCCAGGCUCCAGAGGGGUGUGCGUGUGGGUCUUUGGUAGAUGUGCCCUCUUCCUGCCACAGCUGUCUAUCGCCCCCAAUUUGAAAUCUGAUAUACUGUACUCUCUGCCUCUUCCGUUUGCAGAGUUUGAUGAAAGUGGCUGCCCAGAACUUCAUCCAGAACACCAAUAUCGACAGCGGACAGUGAGUUUUUGCCCCUACCCCCUUGCCCUGCUUCUUCCUCCCCUCCCCUCCCCACCCUCUCCCCUAAAUGCAAAUCAAUGAUCGGCUUUCCUCUCCUUCCAGGAAAAGCAACGACGGCCCCGUGCAGAGAGUGGACAAGAGCCUUGAGGAAUUCUACGCCUUGUGUGACCAGCUGGAGUUGUGCCUGGUGAGUGUCCCAAGAAUGUCCCAUAUUGGCAGCAGGAUCAGGCCUUAUGAAACGCUCCCUCCUUUUUCUUUUGCGCGGCAUAUCAUUAAUUGGCGAGAUUCACCGCCGCAAGUUCAUUCGCUCGGGAGCACUGAAAGACAAAUAAACAGGCACGUACAAAGCAAAGGUCAGGCAGUAAGAAAUUAAAUCCCAAAUUCACAGCUGGGCAGCGUCGUCAUUAGGAGCAACCCCAAUGCCGGAAAAUAGUGAGCAGGCUUUCCAAGUCCUCCAGAUCUCUUUCGUCAGGCAAAGAAGCAGCAAAAAUCCGGCUUUGGUGUUGCAGCCCUGAAGUCUGGAUUUGGCUCUGAGAUGGAAGAAUGCAGACAGAAUCCAUCCUUGCUUCGUGCUGCAGGUUGUGACUUGGGUUUAUUUAUUUUGUGCAGUUCUGUAUUGAUGUAAAUUCAGAAGCACAAAUAAACCCCACAAUUGAGGUCACAAAACAGAGGAGCCAUACAGAGGUUGUGUUCUUCAAAUAAACAGAGAGCAGAUAAAAGGAGCAAAAAUAAGAGGAGCAGGAAACGUUAUGAUGGCCCAGGAGAGUUUUGCAUAUCUGCAUUGGGCACAUAGGAAAUAAGAUCCCAUAAGCGACGUAAGAGCGUUCUGGGAUCUCCAUACCCUUAGAAACGCACGAUGUGCAAGUUGUUUUCUCUGCAGCAGGCAGAGUCUACAUAUUCUUGUACCACAACGCAAGGUUUUAAGUCCUGUAGUGCUUUCCAUUUCUGGGCCAAAAAGGUACUCGUUGUAGCCACGUUAAGAAGUUUCUUAGGUUGGAAAGCUGCUGUUUGAUUGCCCCGCAAAUUUAAUUGCAUUCCAGGGGGUUGGACUAGAUGGCAUUUGGGGGUCCUCCUAACGCUAAAACUCCCUGAUUCAAAAGGGAAAGUUGUGGGGAGGCUUGAAUGGGGAAUGUGUUUACAGUGGACGCUCAGGUUGCGAACGUGAUCCAUGCGAUUCGGUGCUUCUGCGCAAAGUGCGACCGCCGAAACCCGGAAGUAGCCCGUUCCGGUACUUCCGGGUUUCGGCACGUCCGUAACCCCAAAAAAACGCAACCUGAAGCGUCUGUAGCCCGAGGUAUGACUGUAUAUAUUUCUUCCAAAACGCCGGGGGGGGGGGCAUUCCCACCAUAAGUGGGGAAAUGUCUCCCUGCUCCUGCAGCCACACCCAUAUUCCUGUGGGGUAUUUGACACCAUCUGAGAUAGCUGCCCAGGAGUGCGAUGCUCUUAUCCAUUUUUUGAAAACUUGAAAGCCCAGCUUUUCCCCAGACCUUCUUCUCACAGUCUAAAUGAAGCCCCCGGGUGCCUAGUUAGACAGAGAGACUGCUCAGCUGCUAUUACCCUUGAGUACUAAAUGGGUCCUCCAUAAACAGAGGCAGUCUACCCCUGGGUAGCAGGCGCCAGGGACUAGCAUCAAGGGGAAGCGCCUUGCUCUGCCUUACUCCUUGGGUCACCGUUUCGGGGAGAAAGGAUGCUGGAAUACCCAGCCCAACCCGGCGAGGCCAAGUUCCUAACUCUCUCUCCUUCCGAUCCGCCUCCCCUUCCUCAGCGCCUGGCCUACGAGUGCCUUUCCCAGAGCUUUGACAGCGCCAAGCACUCCCCGACCCUCGUGCCGACAGCCACCAAGCCGGACGCGGUCCAGGCGGAGAGCCUGCCCUACACCCAGUACCUCAGCAUGAUCAAGUCCCAGAUCUCUUGCGCCAAAGACAUCCACAACGCCCUCCUGGAGUGCUCCAACAAGAUCACGGGAAAGGCCCCCUCCCAGGGCGUCCUUUAGGGCCGCCUGCAAACUGUUCCUGCCGGACGUUUUGGUUUGGACCGCUGGGCCAGAGUCAGUUCCCGGCAUGACCAGAAGGAGGCAGUCCUGUCAACACAGAGAGACAAGGAGCAGGGAGCCUCCUCCUACCUCUUCUGCUUCCUUCCUUCCUUUGCAAAGUCCUCCCAGUCUGCCCAGGUCUUCACGUUGAGUCCUCUGUUCAGGUUCCCGACAGGACUUGUCUCCAUCUGGGUCCGCAUUGGUUUCACAUCUUCCACAACUUCUAACCGAAACGCCAGGAGCUCAACUCAGACGCACAGAAACCUUUUCGCUUACAAACAGUUCACUUGUCAGAGAAGGAUGCUGUGGAAGUACGACAAAUUAAAAUUCUCCUGAUCUACGGGGCCUCGCAAUCUGCGGGUCUUUUUUUGGAGCUGGCCAGUCAAUAUUUUUGCUCUUUUUCCUUCCUUUCGGGAGAGAGAUGCUUGAGGACCACCCGUAAGGAGCAAAUCUGCAAGCCUACCCCCCCACCCCAGUUCUGCAGGUUCCUUAGCCAAACCUUUCCGCCUGCCAUUGCGGUGUCCUCUCCACACAGAAACCUCCCUCCUGGAAAGGAUCUGCGGUUCCCUUUUGACUCCCUCCUUUAAAUCUCGCACCUUGACUUUUUUCUGGAAGACGGGCCUGUGCGAAUGUGUGUGUAAGUUUGUAGAUUGAUCAAAUGCAUAAUUCUGCAAAAGAGACUUCCUGAACCCUGUGCAGGCCUCCCGACUGUGGAUUUUCCUUUCCUAACCAGUACAAAAGGGGAAAUCUGACCCAGUAGUCUUAGUUCAACCUGUCUCUACCCUGCCGUCCAUAAAUUGGGUGCCCCUGGCAGGAUUAAGUUAUUUCUCGCAGGAGAAGAGACCCUGCAAGCAAGUCUCUUCACACACCUCACACCAUGAAUCCGGGAGGGACUGCAAUCUUGUCUGGUUUUCAUCGCUGCAUUCUCUCUGCUCACCAUUUUAUUUUUUUCUGCCCUGGGGGAGCGUGUCCUUUUCCAUUUCUCGUUGGUUUUGCUCCCUGCUUUCAUGCAAGAAGGAGAAUUUGCCACCGCAGAGAAGACCUGGCCUGUCCCCUGUUGUGGAAGACUUUCUCAGUUACUGUCUUUAGUUUUCUAGUGUGUUUCCUUUUAUGAUUAUCAGGAUAAGUUAAAGGCAUUGGAGUUGGGUCCAGACAUCAGGCUGCAGUCCUCCACAGGUUUACCUGGGCAUAAGUCCUGCUGGUUUCGGUGGGACUUCCUUCUGAGUUCACUCUUCUGUGCUAGCUGUCCUGCUUUGAAGACCCACUGGCAGAAAAGGAGUAAGCUUGACGGAACCAGCUUACGUUCCAUUGAUUUCAGUGGGCCUACUCUAAGUAAGACUAGGUCCAGAUCCAACCCAUUAACCUUUUCAAAGAGCUUCGUUCUCUUCUACGCUGCCAGUCUUGGUGACCAAGGCAGUUCUGUUACUUUGUGCAGCAGCAAAGGAUUCCUUUGUGAUUUAUUUCCCCAAUCCAUUUUGCUCCUAAUAAUAAUAAUAAAAGUGUUCAUUUUGCUUCUCUUCA